CUGAAAAAUCUCCGAAGGUUUUCUAGGCUUCACGAAUGGUAGGGCCUCAGUUGAAUCUAACAUAUGUCUUGAACGCAGAAAUUUCCGUCCUUAUGAGAAAAUCAAUUUUCCUCUCAUUACGAAUUUAAUCAUGAACAGAACUGUGAGAACCUUUGAGGCGACCGGAAGCGCGAACUUGUGUCCCAGAUGCUUGAAUCCCGUCUUUCACGCUGAGCAGCAAAUUGCUGGUGGUCAUUCCUGGCACCGGACGUGCUUCACAUGCUCAAUGUGUGGCAUCCAGCUUGACAGCCUGAGGGCGAAUUAUCGCGAGGGGGAGUUGUUCUGCAAAAAGUGUUACGGGAGAACCCAUGGACCCAGGGGCUAUGGUUUCGGUUUGGGCGCCGGGACUUUGUCUAUGACGAUGGCGUGCAUCCAGUCGGAUCAGGUUUCAGAAGUUCUGCACAACCCCAAAACCCUUGGCCACCUGGAUCACCGGAAAGGCUCGGAAAUCCCUCUGGAAGAAAAUCCGGCUAUGCAUCCUUUUAAUAACAUGCCCAUGGUGAAAACCUGUGCCCACGAUAAUAUCAUCACACCCAACGUGCCCAUGACAGGACUGGCCCACGUGUAUCCUCGGAUUAAGCAGGAAGUCGUGCGGAAGAACCCUGAAUUUGAUCCCUGGUCUCUGAAUCGCAACAUUCCUCCGAAUACUAUCAGUGUCGUGCCUAUGAGUGACAAUAAAAUAAAUCCUCGUCGCUAGGAAAAAAAUUG